AUCAUGUGAUUCAAAUUGCCCAAAAAUUGGACUAAAAGUCUAAGGGGCUAAGGGCCAGUUUGGUAAGGGUGUUAAAACAGGGAAAGGUAUAUCUUUUACAACAAUUCCUUUGGGUACUAAAAUUAUCUUUAACCACUACACCUUUCUCGCACUUUAUCGUCCUCCCACAUUCUUUGCGCCGCCGACAACCGCCUAAUGUAAGGAUGUGGAAGUUCCUCCACCUCCACCUCCUCCUUAUCCUUACUGGCUUCUCCUUCUUUCUUUAUCCCUGUUACGGUCUUGAUUUCUUCUUCAACUCCUUCAAUGUCACAAACCCAGGUGUGGAUCUCAUCAACGAUGCCCGAAUUGACUCCUCUGUAAUCCGUCUCACCAACGACUCCAAUCAGUUCUCUUUUGGCCGCGCCUUCUAUCCGACAAGGAUCAAUAUGAAGCAGACUUCGAAUUCUUCGACCAUCUCUUCGUUUUCUACUUCAUUUGUAUUUUCAGUUUUACCAGAAAUUUCCUCAAGCCCUGGCUUCGGACUCGCUUUUGUGCUCUCCAAUACUACUUCGCCUCCUGGUGCCAUCGCCAGCCAGUACUUCGGUCUCUUCACGAACGUGCCUACAGUGUACCCACUACUAGCCGUCGAAUUUGAUACUGGGCAGAACAUGGAAUUCAACGACCCUGAUGACAACCAUAUCGGGAUUGAUUUGAAUAAUAUUGUAUCUGCAGACACACAGACGGCUGGAUAUUACAAUUCGAAUGGAAGUUUUGUUCCGGUUGAUAUGCGAACUGGGCAGAACGUUCAUGCUUGGAUUGAAUUCGACGGUGACAAUUUCCAGAUCAAUGUGACUGUUGCGCCGAUCGGUGUGUCCCGUCCGUCUAGGCCUACGCUAAGUUUUACGGAUCCUGAGAUUGCUAAUUAUGUGUCUACUGAGAUGUAUGUGGGCUUUUCGGCUUCCAAGACUAAUUGGGUUGAGGCACAGAGGGUUCUGGCUUGGAGCUUCAAUGAUACAGGGGUUGCCAGAGAUAUAAUCACGACGAACUUGCCAGUUUUCAGGCUAGAGUCGUCUAGUUCGUUAUCAGCCGGGGCUAUUGCAGGUAUCACUAUUGGCUGUGUUGUUUUUGUGAUAAUUUGUGCAUCGGGAGCUUAUUUAUUUUGGCGAAGUACCCAAAUGGUUGAAGAAGACGAAGAUGUAGAAGAUUGGGAGCUGGAAUACUGGCCUCAUCGAUUCUCCUAUGAAGAACUCAGUCAGGCAACCGAUGGGUUCUCCAACGUUCAGCUUCUGGGUUCAGGUGGAUUUGGGAGAGUAUUCAAAGGAAUUCUCCCAAACGAGACUGAAAUCGCCGUCAAAUGUGUGAGCCACGGUUCCAAACAAGGCCUCAGAGAAUUCAUGGCGGAGAUCUCAAGUAUGGGAAGGCUUCAACACAAGAAUCUUGUCCAAAUGCGAGGCUGGUGCCGUAAGGGGAACGAGCUAAUGCUCGUCUACGACUACAUGCCAAACGGCAGCCUCAAUCGCUGGAUCUUCGACAAACAGGAGAAGCUCCUAAGCUGGCAACAACGCCGUCAAGUCCUCACCGAUGUCGCCGAAGGACUGAGCUACCUCCACCACGGCUGGGACCAGGUGGUCAUCCACAGAGAUGUGAAGGCGAGUAAUGUUUUGCUGGACAAUGAAAUGCGAGGCAGACUUGGGGAUUUCGGUCUUGCAAAAUUAUACCAACACGGAGAAACACCCAAUACGACGAGAGUAGUGGGUACGUUGGGUUACUUGGCACCGGAGCUCGCAACGGUGGCGGUUCCCAAUUCAGCUAGCGAUGUGUAUAGCUUUGGUGUGGUGGUGUUGGAGGUGGUUUGUGGGAGGCGGCCAAUAGAUGUGACUAUUGAAGAUGAUGAGAUAGCGGUGCUGAUUGACUGGGUCAGGGGUUUGUAUGCCAAAGAAAGGUUAGUGGAGGCGGCGGAUGAUAGGUUGGAGGGGGGUAAUAGAGGGGAGGUGGUGGAAAUGUUGAAGCUUGGUCUGGCUUGUUGCCAUCCUGAUCCACAAAGGAGGCCUAGCAUGAAGGAGGUUGUGGCUGUUUUGGUUGGGGAGGAGGUUGCCGCCGCUCCUGCUGAUUUGUUGAGUGAAUUGACUCGCAGCGGAAGCGAUCGCGGCUGUGGUGGUGGGGACGGAGUGGCUGCGCCGUUCCAAGAUGAGCUGCCAGUGUGAAUAUCUUCCAUCUUCCAUUUUUAAAAAAUAUGUUCCAUAAAUUUGAUUAUAAUUUAUUGUGUUAUGUAACAACUUUUGUGCUUUGGUUCCUCCAUUGGAUUUAAUAAAUUUUUUGAGACAAGAGUGGAAACUCAAGUAAGGUUUCUUCUUGGCAAACUGA